GCUUCACUUGGGUUCGACAUCACAAGAAACAUGGACCUCUCCAGCCUCAUCUUGUCUUUAGUGGUCAUCUCUAGAGUAAGCAGUGAGUCGGAUGAAGAUUUGGACUACCAAGAUUCUUGUCUACCUCAGUUGGCAGACAGAUGUUUCAAGGGUCUGAUGACUAGCCUAACCUGUGAAAUAGAAAGCUUAAACCACUGCUCUCAGUUUGGAGACUUCUGCAGUAUUGCUACUGAAUCAUUGCAGUGUGCUUCUGAUAUUAUAGACAGCGACUGCCAAAAAGGCCGAUCAAACUUUGACUCUUGGCUUAAAGGUCUGCAGGCUGCGAAAGAAAGAGUUUGUGAAAACAACGCUGCUCUACUCAGGGCCUUGACAGCUACCCCAUGCUUCAACAUUGAGGAGUUUCUUGAGUGUGUUGAAGACAAAACGAGAGUAACUCACGUUCUUGAUCUGCUUCAAGUCAGCCUCAAUAAGGACGAGUGCAACCUGUUACUGACCGCCCUUCCAACAUGCAACGUGAGGGCUCACGCAGCUCACUCACAGUGCCACCCACCCCAAGAUGCCAUCAAUGCCAUCGUCUUGGCCUUCUUUUCCAACACUGAAUGUGGACAGUGUCAUCCCCGCAGUGGUCUCCUCGUAUCUGGGUCUCAUGGUUUACUCUCCGAAGGGUCUUUCAGUCUGCUUCUCUUCUCUUCGGCUUUGUACCUAAAAUUCUACUACUGACACAGACGUGAAAGUUGUUCAAACAAUUGUGCCUCUAUAACUUAGUUUACAUCUUGAUUGAUAUCAAAUAAUGACUCUUAUGUUAAAUGAAUACAAUUGUAUCAAAGAUUACAGCCUAAGUAGAAUGUUAGAAAUUAAGUUAUGUAAAUAAGUGUUGAUAAAGAUAGGAGGAAUGUAAUUUAUUCUAACUAGAUUUAUUUUUCACCUAGAUUUAUUCUUGUUAGAUUUGGCUGUAAUUUAACGUUAUGAAGAUUUGGCUACUCAAAAUUGAUCUAAUUUACCCCAAUGGACCUAAUGAGGUAACAGUAUUAUCCUAUUGACUUAUUUAUCUAUUUUUCUGUAUUUGUAAUUAAAGAUUUUACAAUCAUA